AUGUACCCCUUCUUCCCCGAAGAUAUGGCAUCAAAAGAAGAAAGACAGUCUUGCGAACGGACGAUCGUCUCGAUCCUCCUCAAACUCACAGACCACCUGCUCGACCUCGGGUUAAGCAACUUCAGUCUAUUCCCCAAUGAACAUCGAGGGUACAGCCUUCCAUCAGACAUCGUCGCCAGUACCUGCCGUGAUAUCAUUAUGAAGGGUAGACUGCGAUCACUCAGCCCACCGAGCAUGUCUGUGGCCUCGAAUCGUCUCUCCAUCCUUCCGCCAAUGUUAUCUUACGUGACUCUUCCCUAUUCCGCCUUUAAGCUGGCCAUGAACGCGAGCCCUUUGUCGACCGUUGGAAACGGAUCGCGAGAGGACCCCCUUGGUAAUGUCACUACUGCGUUCAUUGAAGUGGCCUCGGAUCAGGCAGUCGAGCAAAGGCGAGAGGUUGAAACCAAAAUGAUCCAUAUCGCUGCACCCAAAUUAUAUCGACUAGCUAUAGUUCCUACAUCAAAGCCCUCAAUCGAGACUCACAUCCUACAAGGGAGCAGUCCCACCCCACCCGAGCGCUGUUCACCUUUAUUCUAUUCAGACCGCAUCACACACUUCGACAUCCUGGCAUUCAUAGACGGGGAUAAACCGGUUCAAGACAGCGUCUAUCGCUGGACCUCCCAGCGAAUCAACCUCAAGACAACUCUCAACUUGGCAAACGGAUUAAGCAGCUUACAGCAACUCACACUCCGGCUGAUAAGAACUGGCACGGACGAGAUCAAUAACUUGCUCCGCUCAUUCGACGAUGAGCCGUCGCCUCGCCCGCUCGGACCCCUGGGCUUCGACGAAUUGCAGAGGAUCUUGAUAAGAUGCAUCGAUUGGGUAGCGUUGGACCGUGACCUUCCUCCUCAGCGAUUUUUGAAGCUGUCGAAGAUGAUUGUUGACAUCAGGACCUUCGGCUUUGAUACUGCUGCUGCGGCUGAGUUCCAGGGGUGGCUUAUCCAUAUACUCAAUGGGUUACGAUCCAGGUCCGUCUCUAUCGUUGUGGAUUACUAG